UGCACGACGAUCACCAGCGCGGCAGACGACACGCUGAAGAUUAUGCGAUGGCCGACUCAAAACAAAUACCCGCUGAUGGACAUACGGACAUAGAGACAGAUUGUGAAGACGAUGGAGGACCGUGUAAAUGGGGACCGUUUAAGCCUGACUUCUGCCAGAGAUUUAGAAAACCUGGCUGGGUGUUGUUUUGCCUGUGUUGGGUUGGCGGGCUUCAGGGCAUGCUCGUUACCGGUUUUGUCAACGUCAUCAUCACAAGCAUCGAACGGCGCUUUGAAAUCAACAGCACGGAGACGGGUACCAUCGUCAGCAGUUACGACAUAGCGUCUGCGAUCUGCCUCAUUCCCGUCAGCUACUUCGGCGGUCUGGGCAUUAAGCCACGUUAUAUCGGCAUCGGAGUGUUCGCUCUUGGACUCGGGUCGUUCCUGUUUGCACUGCCGCAUUUUACCACCGAUCUGUACAUUGUGGAUAACGCGCAGGACACUAUAUGUAUUCCAGGAGGGAACGCCACCAGCAUCUGUGACGCCACCACUACCUACGGCAGCAUCUCCAACUACAUGUAUGUGUUCGUGCUCGCCCAACUGCUGCAUGGGGCCGGAUCAUCGCCGUUUUACACUCUGGGGGUAACGUACCUGGAUGAAAACCUUCCACUGAGGUCGUCAGCCUUGUAUAUUGGUACAUACUACUCCUGUGUCAUCUUCGGUACUGCUUUGGGAUACCUGGCCGGGGGAGAGCUCCUCAACAUCUGGACGGACGUCGACGCUGUCGACACAUCAAGCCUCUCUAUCACACCCGACAACCCGAAAUGGGUGGGCGCAUGGUGGCUGGGGUUUGUCAUCAGCGGCGUGAUAGCGUUCCUGAUCAGCGUGCCCCUGUCUGGCUUCCCCAGGGCCCUCCCAGGUACCAGCAAGUACCGGCAGGAGAAGGAGUCCGAGGUGUACAGCGGGAAGAAGAAGGCUGAAGCUGCCGUCGCUGAUGCCAACCAGAAACAUGCUGAAGCUCAGUCUGAAAAGCCAUUAGUUAAAGAUAUACUCCACUCAACGAAACUGCUGCUUACAAAUCCAACUUUCAUGUUUCUCAAUCUGGCUGGAGCUUCCGAAGCUAUCAUCGUGGGAGGUUUCUCGACGUUCGCACCCAAGUUCUUGGAGUCCGAGUUUAGCCUGCCUGCAGCCAGAGCUGCUCAGUAUGUAGGUUUGGCCGUUAUACCUGCUGGAGGCGGCGGAACUCUCCUUGGCGGCUACCUUGUGAAACGUUUCAACCUGAAGGUUCGGGGCAUCCUCAAAAUGUGUCUAGUCUCCACGCUGUCUGUCUGUGUCUUGGGACUUGGCUUCCUCACUUACUGUGACAACGUACCCUUCGCAGGCGUCAACGUGCGCUACCAGAACAGCUCCAGUAGCCUGAGAAUAGAGUACCUGGGCAAGCAGCUGGACAACACAUGUAACAGUAACUGUGCGUGUACGGAGGACGACUACCACCCGGUGUGUGGCCGGGACGGACUCAUGUACUUCUCCCCCUGCUAUGCUGGAUGCAAGGUGCUUCAGACCGGAGAUGUCACCCGCUACCACAACUGCUCCUGCAUCAACAGCAACGCUACCGACUACAUGGCCGAGUUCACCAGCUGCGACAGCUCCUGCAUCUGGUUGCCUGUCUUUCUCCCCCUGUUUACCCUGAUGAUGUUCUUUACGUUUAUCGUCAGCAUGCCAUCCCUUACUGCCACACUCAGGGUAGUGUCAGAGAAACACCGAUCCUUCGGCCUGGGAAUCCAGUGGCUGGUCGUCAGGUGCCUAGGUGCUAUCCCUGGCCCUAUCCUGUUCGGGAAGAUGAUUGACCUCUCCUGUCUGCUGUGGCAGAAGCGCUGCGACGGGGACGGCUCCUGCUUCUUCUACGACAACAAGCUGAUGAGCUACUACCUCAUGGCGCUGGGCAUCAGCAUCAAGGGCGUGUCGUCGCUCUUCUUUUUCUUUGCACUUUUGCUAUACAAGAAAUCACCAAACAAGUCCGAGGAGAAUAUUGUUGAGGCGGACUCGAAACUUGACAUUGCAGCAACAGACGCAAGUGCCAAUGGAAUAGACAAUCCAGUGUUUUAUAAUAGUACUGAAAAGAUUUCAGUUGGAACAGAACCUCAGAUUAUUACAAGUGGUACCACGCUGAAAACUAAGUUAUAGCAAUAUGUUAUUCCUUAUAGAGCAGAAACAGACUGUCAUUAAGCUGUCUCAGGUCCUGGAAGCUGCUGAUUUAGACACAGAAAGAAACGGAAGAUCGUGGUUUGCUCGUUGCCCAGGAACUGGGCUCUGUACCGGAAGAUUGCAUUAAGUCUGAUAUGGUGAACCAAGCAUUACCUCUACUCACUAAUUUCUUCUUGUGUUAAACUCACACACACAAAACCACAAUAGUAUUGCUUUGGCCAAACAGACCAUGUAGGUUUUGAAUAGACGGAUAAAAGUUACCAAGGCCUAAUACAGUUAACAACACUGCAAUGCUGAUAUACAUCAUCAGAACAACCAUGAGGCAAGUGGUUGAUUGUGCCUUCACUGCAAUAUGGUGUCUUGAAUAGUAUGGUGCCAUUACUGCAAUAUGGUGUCUUGAAUAGAAUGGUGUCAUUACUGCAAUAUGGAGUCAUGGAUAGUAUGGUCCCUUUACUGCAAUGUUAUGGAUAGAAUGGUGCCUUCACUGCAAUAUGGUGUCAUGGAUGGUAUGGUGCCAUAACUGCAACAUGACUCCCUGAAUAGAAUGCUGCCUUUACUGCGACAUGCUUUGAAUUACACUGUGCCAUACUUUAACUUGAUGCCUUGAACUGUUUGGUGGCAUAAAGGUUAUCUGUUGUAUACGGUAAGACCAAAGUGACCAAUGUGUGAACUUCAGGUGUCUCGCCUGCGUUAACAAUAUUUAAUGUGUAAAGCUUGAACACGAACUUCAUGCAUAUUGGAUAUGAUGUUCAGUACUGUCAUGUCAUGUAACAACAUGGAAUGUGCCUGGAAUGUGCCUUCUAACAUACUGAGAUCAUACGACUGCAGGGGCUCCGUGGUGACGGUCCGAUCAUGCAUAAUAGUAGGAGCGUGCACUCGGUGAUACCGCCUAUACUCGCUAAUGCUGAAUAGAUGUAUAUGGCAGCUUAGUUCGCUGAUCAUAGUUCGGAUCCUAAAUUUACUGUGUAUAUGUGUCUGAGAGCAACCUACACCACCUGUGGGUUUUAUACUAUACGAUUAACCUCCGCGGUCACUCCAUCCUUAACAGGCUGUGGAAUAUUUGAAAUUCAGAUAAAAGCGAUAUUGAGAGGAAAUAACGCUAAAUGAUACUACACUGCUGGAGAUGAAGAAAUCCAUUGUUUCAGUAUCCCCAUGUCGAUACUCCAUGUUUUGCUUAAUGGGAAAGUGCAUCUAUUUUGAUGAGACGGUGGGGUAGCCUAGUGGUUAAAGCGUUGUCUCGUCUCGCCGACGACACGGGCUCGAUUCCCCACAUGGGUAAAAUGUGUAAAGCAUCACUAGAAGAUAUUGCGGGGAUAUUGCUAAAAGCGACGUAAAACCACACUCACGUGGGUAGGCAAUAUCACCUCUCAUUAUAUCCCACAACACCCAAGAAUUUCCAGGAAACUAUUACCAAAAGACAAAUUAAAUAUUCAACACAGACACAUAUCGAAGAAAUAUGAACACGUUCGUACAUUUAACAGAAGUGUUACACAUAGACUAUGGCCGCAAAGGAAUCAGAAAUUCGUUUUGCCAGUUUCCAAGUAGUCAAAGAAAUAUGAAGGCUAGUGCACAUGUGAUUACUGAUAUCGUGAACGCUGCUGACAAAUGGCGACGUCUGUGACGUCCUUAAUUGUAUUGGUUUUUUUACAUGAAUUCAAAUGGCAUUAAGUCUGCUCGUGUUGUUUUCUUAUAAAUAUUUUACAGAGUUAUAUUCAUGUACAGUUAUAUAUAUAUUUCUUUGAACUGAAUGGUUUUGAAUAAAAUAUUUGAUCUGAG